CCCGACUUACUACGCACACCCCACAUUACCACGGCUGGUUUCGGUUCAGCCACAUUCCGUUGAUAAGGCAUACCGAUAAGACCUCUGACGUCUCGUCCACCCGUCCCGCUACGAUGAGCAGCUUCUAGAUAGUGGUUCAGGCAGGAGUCGAGCAAGAAACUCGAUCGCCCGCCCGCGAUUGUUGAUCUCGUUCUCAUGUCACCAUGGGAAACAAUCCUAGCCGGGUUACGGCGCAAGACAAGGCCAUCCUGGAUCUGAAGAACCAGCGCGACAAGCUACACCAGUACCAGCGACGCAUAACGAUCCUCACCGACCGGGAGACGCAGAUUGCGAAGCAGAUGCUGGCGCAGGGAGACCGGAAGAAGGCCCUACUCGCAUUGCGCCGCAAGAAGUACCAGGAGUCGCUCCUGGCCAAGACGGACUCGCAGCUCGAGCAGCUCGAGCAGCUGACGUCGAGCGUCGAGUUCGCCAAGAUCCAGAAGGACAUCAUCUUUGGCCUCCAGCAGGGGACCAAGGUGCUCAAGGAGAUCCACGCCGAAAUGGGCGGGGUUGACCACGUGGAGAAGCUCAUGGGCGAGACGGCAGACGCCAUCGCCUACCAGAAGGAGGUCAGCGAAAUGCUGGGCGGGAAAAUAUCUAACCACGACGAGGAGGAGGUGGAGCAGGAACUCGAGGCUUUGGAAAACGAGGUUCGCAACGCUCGGCAAGGACUCCCCACCUUGCCGGAAGCUCCCAGCAAAAUAUUGCCGGGCCACGAGGCAGAUAUAGAACCCGAGCCCGACGCCGACAGAGAGCCCCGGCAGCCAACGCGGAUUAAUCAAGGAGAACGGGAAGCAAUGUUGGCGUAAUGGUGUUGUGGUAACGCGUUACGCUACAGUGCUGGGUUUAGGUUUAUGUUACAUAGAGGUUGGCCUGGUACAUGCACUGGGAUAGCGGCGUCAGCCCGGAUGGCCAUUUAUCAGGGGAUUGGUCGUUGGGAUCGGGGGUUUGGGAGAUGAAUCUUCAUUACAAGCCUAGCUAAACAAUGAUAUUAUAGAGGUACAGUAUGUACAUUGGCGUUGAUAAUAACCCCCCGGCCAAGAUACUGCAUUAUUGCAUGACUCGAGGCUCUCUUCCCUUAUUCUAAACACAUUCAGC